AUGCACCAAUCGUCUAAACCCACCUCACCUGCUCCCUCUGUCGAUCAUGGGCCAAAUGCUAAUCCCCACGGUGGCGAAGCCCAUGCGGACCCCUCCAUUGAACGCUUGCGCGCAGCCUCUCUUGUCAAGUCCCCCAACAAGCGAGUCAACGCCGAGCCCAUCUCCUCCGGCGCCGCCAAUCCGUGGGUCUCCCCGAGAGCCGUCUCGCCGACGGACCGUACUGGUGUCUCUUACGCGGGUAUGGCGUCCCGUCCUGCGACGCCUCCGGCCCUCCUCGCUCUGAAGAAGGCCAGCGCGCUGGCUGUCACGCCCACGCAGCACAGCGCAGCGGCCAACGGUGCUCAAGCCACUGCAGCGUCGUGCUCCACGCAGGCUGAGGUGAUCGAUGUCGAUGCGACGAUGACGACGACUACCACGGUCAUAAAAGAAGAAGAGAACCUAGAGCUCGACGCUCUGGCCCUUCGACGCACCCGCUCGGGAAAACAAGCGGCGGCGGCGAAGCUGAAGAAUAAGAAAGCCCGAUCCAAGAGAAACGCCAAAGCCGCCGGGAAGAUGCCUGCGACUAUCGGCAAAGGCGCGCCGACCUCAUCCUCCGCUGCGAACCGCUCUGCCAGCGAGGCACGGAAGAGGCGCCGUGUCUCUGAGGACGUCGACGGAGACAACGUGAUGACUGGGACGACUAGCCGUAUCCAAGACGCUCCCGCCGUGGCCAGCCCUGCGCCGCGAGUCGAAUACAGAGUCGACAUCGGGGAAGUUCUCGGCUUUCCGCGCCUUGACUGGUCUCCCCCUCCUGACGACAACCGAGUCGACCCACCUGCGACCACCACGUCGGAUCUUGAAGAGCGAGACUUCGAGAUGUACGACCCUGUCACAGGAUACAAGGACGGGGAUGAAACGCUCCAUAGAGACCGCGACGAAGCCAUCAGUGCCCGAACGGCACUGGACAACAUGCACUUUGCCCGGCGCCUUACGACGACCGACCCCCCGCACGGCGGCGCUUACCCGCAGGACAGCGAAGCUCUCCGAGAAGGCAACGUUGAGGACCUAUACGCGAGCGACAACGAACCUACGUACCGUACGGCCAGAACGCUGCCCGGACCAUCCCGCAGCUGGGACCAAGGCGCCCCCCGUUCCCAGUCUCGCGGGAUAGGCAACAUUCGUGACGAGGGUGACAGCAUGAGCCGCCGUAUGCGAGAAAUUGAACGAGCAAGUCGCUCGUCCCACUCAGUUCCCUACCGCGCUUCCCACCUCUCACCAGCACCAGAACAAGCAGUGCGUACGCAAGCUCUGGCGAACGAUGUACCCCUAGGACUUCGCAGGCCGCGCUCCUCCUCGUCUAUGCACCCCCAUCCGGUCCACUACGCUCCGGGACCUUUCCCUGACUUCCCCGCUGAUCCGGAACCGCCUGCGCCACCCGCGCCACCUGCCCGGAACGCUCGAGCUGGCCCAGUUGGGCCUAUUGCGCCUCUCGCGCCAACUCCCGGCGCCCCCCCACCGCUGGCUAUGACGCGGACGCCCCCGGGAGGAUGGCCACGUAUACAGGGAGUCGACUUCACUCUUGUCUACGCAAACGUCCUGGCGUCCCAAGCUGAGGAAUGGCAGAAAGCUACGGACUACCAUGUCUACAUACACUUCCCCGGCCGCAGCGCGCACGACAGAGGAAAUUUCGGACGACUGUGCGCUGCUGACACUACGCUACGCACUUGCCUGGGCAUCCCGACUGCCUCCAUCACCCAGCCCAUUGCGGCCGUCACACCCACAGGCCCGAACUCGAGCCCCGUCUACUACCGCGUCGGAAACCUGACGAUCGGCCAACGCGAUCGCCUCCUGCGAGAAGGCUGGGUCUCGACCAGAGACGGAACCUUCGGCGUCGUCUCUUCCGAGCCAUCUCCGCCGACCUUCAUGGGCACGUUCCGGCACCCCCUGCGUCUUGGCGUUACGACUGAGGAGGGCAUGGCCGACGCCUUCAAGAAGGGCCUGAGAAGCGCGGCAAUGUAUCUACUAUACCUCCUCUCGGUUCUGAACGGCGACAUCCUCGCGGGAGGUCGAUGGCGUCACCUCACGGCGCAGGAGGCUUUCGAGCUCAUCAUCGACUCUGUAACCGUAAAGAAGAUCCUACUGCGUAAUACCCGCGACGAGGAGGAAGAACCCUUCGCCUUCCUCUACAUCGAGUCUCCCACCUCUGACCCAGCGGAAUGGCUGAACUUCCGUAACCGCGUUCGAAACUUCGCUUUCGGCGGCCCAUUGGCAGGCCCACCCGAACUGGUCGCACGCACGUUCUAUUACGUGCGCAAGGACAAGAUCAGCGCGGUAGGGGCAGAGGUGGCAGAGGCGGCCGGAGCGGUCGUGGAAGUCGUGGCCGCGGAAGCGGACGAGGAAAGCCCGGCAACCUCUGUUGCGUCACUUUCUGGGACCUAA